AUUCCCAGUCCCACCAGGUAAUAGAGCUGACGAAGCUUUGGGCUCCAGAAGAGUGCCUAAAGGAGACUUUUUGAGCAGUCCCCAUAUGGUUUGGCCUAUGUUCCUGACUCUACACACAGAGAACGUUUGUGAAAAGAAUAGAUUCUUUUCCACUCGAGACCAAUCAGUGACAAUCCCUCUUCUGAGACUGCAGCGAACAAAUUUUCCUCCAGAAAAAGUUGUGUUUUAUGGGACCAAAAGGCACCUUUCAAAACAGGACUAAUGGCAAAGAAGUAAACCAGCAUGGCAGCUAUGGUCCCACCUGUGAAGCUGAAGUGGCUUGAGCAUCUAAACAGCUCAUGGAUCACAGAAGACAGUGAAUCCAUUGCAACGAGGGAAGGAGUUUCUGUCUUGUAUGCUAAGUUAGUUAGCAACAAAGAAGUAGUGCCAUUGCCCCAGCAGGUUCUGUGCCUCAAGGGACCUCAGUUACCAGAUUUUGAGCGGGAAUCUCUAUCUAGUGAUGAACAGGACCACUACUUGGAUGCCCUUCUUAGCAGCCAGCUGGCACUGGCAAAGAUGGUGUGCUCAGACUCUCCAUUUGCUGGAGCUCUUCGAAAGCGUCUCCUUGUGCUGCAGCGUGUCUUCUAUGCACUUUCUAAUAAAUACCAUGAUAAGGGUAAGGUGAAACAGCAACAGCAUUCACCAGAAAGCAGUUCUGGAUCCACAGAUGUGCACUCUGUCAGUGAACGGCCGAGGUCAAGCACAGAUGCACUCAUAGAAAUGGGAGUUCGGACUGGAUUGAGCUUGUUAUUUGCACUGCUGAGACAAAGCUGGAUGAUGCCUGUGGCAGGACCUGGCCUCAGUCUCUGCAAUGAUGUUAUCUAUACUGCAAUAGAAGUUGUGAGCUCUUUACCUCCUUUAUCUCUAGCAAAUGAAAGCAAGAUUCCACCCAUGGGUUUGGACUGUUUGUCACAAGUAACAACUUUUCUUAAAGGAGUAACUAUUCCAAACUCUGGGGCAGAUACUCUAGGUCGUAGAUUAGCUUCUGAGUUGCUUCUUGGUUUGGCUGCCCAACGAGGUGCUUUGAGAUACCUUCUUGAAUGGAUAGAAAUGGCUUUAGGUGCUUCAGCUGUAGUAAACACCAUGGAGAAAACCAAGCUACUGCAAAGUCCAGAAGGGAUGAUCAGCUUUGAUUGCUUUAUGAGUAUAUUGACCCAGAUGCGACGAUCUCUGGGAUCAUCUGCUGAUCGAAGUCAAUGGAGGGAGCCAACCAGAACAUCUGAUGGUUUAUGCUCUCUGUAUGAGGCAGCUCUGUGUUUAUUUGAAGAGGUUUGUCGAAUGGCCUCAGACUAUUCAAGGACAUGUGCCAGCCCAGACAGCAUUCAAACAGGUGAUGCUCCCAUUGUGUCAGAGACCUGUGAGGUGUAUGUGUGGGGCAGUAACAGCAGUCACCAGCUGGUAGAAGGAACUCAAGAGAAAAUACUUCAACCUAAGCUAGCUCCAAGCUUUUCUGAUGCACAGACGAUUGAAGCUGGACAGUAUUGUACAUUUGUCAUUUCUACGGAUGGUUCUGUUAGAGCCUGUGGAAAAGGCAGCUAUGGGAGACUGGGACUGGGAGACUCCAACAAUCAGUCCACAUUGAAAAAAUUGACUUUUGAGCCUCACAGGUCUAUUAAAAAGGUGUCGUCUUCAAAAGGAUCUGAUGGUCACACUUUAGCAUUUACAACAGAAGGGGAAGUCUUCAGCUGGGGUGAUGGUGACUAUGGAAAACUGGGACAUGGAAAUAGUUCAACUCAGAAAUAUCCCAAGCUUAUUCAGGGUCCCCUGCAAGGGAAGGUGGUUGUUUGUGUAUCGGCGGGCUACAGACACAGUGCUGCUGUUACAGAAGAUGGAGAGCUGUAUACAUGGGGAGAAGGAGACUUUGGAAGAUUAGGUCAUGGUGACAGCAACAGCCGCAACAUUCCAACUUUAGUAAAAGAUAUUAGCAAUGUAGGUGAGGUUUCCUGUGGCAGUUCACACACGAUAGCUCUGUCCAAAGAUGGGAGAACAGUGUGGUCGUUUGGAGGAGGAGACAAUGGCAAACUUGGUCAUGGUGAUACAAAUAGAGUAUAUAAACCCAAAGUUAUAGAAGCCUUGCAAGGAAUGUUUAUUCGAAAAGUUUGUGCUGGAAGUCAGUCUUCGCUUGCCUUGACAUCAACAGGGCAGGUUUACGCUUGGGGUUGCGGAGCCUGCCUUGGCUGUGGCUCUUCAGAGGCAACUGCUCUCAGACCCAAGCUCAUUGAAGAGCUAGCGGCUACCAGAAUAGUUGACAUUUCCAUUGGUGACAGUCACUGUUUGGCACUUUCUCAUGAUAAUGAAGUUUAUGCUUGGGGUAACAAUUCAAUGGGACAGUGUGGGCAGGGGAACUCUACUGGCCCCAUUACUAAACCAAAAAAAGUAAGUGGUUUAGAUGGAAUUGCAAUUCAACAGAUUUCGGCUGGAACAUCCCAUAGCCUUGCCUGGACAGCUCUUCCACGGGACAGGCAAGUUGUGGCAUGGCACAGACCCUAUUGUGUCGACCUUGAAGAAAGUACCUUUUCACAUCUUCGUUCUUUUCUUGAGCACUACUGUGACAAAAUUAACAGUGAAAUUCCUCCUCUUCCUUUUCCUUCAUCAAGGGAACAUCACAAUUUU